AUGCCUCAAAUUUUGGAACAUUCUCGUUCAUCUGCAUAUGUGGGGCACUUCGGAUUUUCAAAGACAGUAGCUAAGGUAUUACAGUCGGGGUUCUACUGGCCUACAUUGUUCAAGGAUGCCUUCAAAAUUGUGAAGAGGUAUGAUAGAUGUCAAUGCACUAAGAACAUCUCAAGGAUGAAUGAAAUGCUGCUAAAUAGUAACGUGGAGUUGUUGGAAGCAGCCGCAUUACCAACCAAUGAUGCUAAAGGGGUAAUUUGGUUCCUAAAAAAGUACAUCUUCACCCGAUAUGACACACCGCUGGCUAUACUUAAUGAUGGGACAAACACUUCUGCAAUCGGCAGUUUGAGCAGCUCUUGA